AUGACUCGAGUCGAUCACUCGUUCAAGAUUGAGCCAAUCCAGCAUGAGUCUUGGAAGACAUGCGAUAUGGGCGCCGUCAUCACCGGGCUGUGCAUAAACUCCAUAUCGGACGCCGAAGUGCAACGCUUGAAAGAGGCCAUUUGGAAGCACAAGGUCGUCGUUGUCAGAGACCAGGGCGAAAUGCUCCCCGAAAAACAGCUCGAGCUUGUCCUGCGGCUGGAUCCAUCCGCCUACGCUCCUACCUAUGAGGAGGACAUUUCAUACAUGUACCCGCGGCCUGAAGAAAUUGCGACAAAACCGCGAACGUCAAGCCUCCCGAUUUCUCACCUGAUCUCGGUCGUCGGGAAGGGCAAAGUAGGGGACCACUACGGGCUCAAAGACCUGACGCUCCGAGGAAGCAUGAAGGGACUGGAGCACGAGUAUGCCGUCCCCUUCUCGCUCAAAGACUUGGAAGAAAAGGGCCUCACCCGGUUCCACUACUGGCACAUGGACGCGCCGAUGUACCGGCGGGAACCGGCGCUCUUCAGCUCCCUCCGGGCAAUCAAGCUCCCGUCGGGGCCGGACCUCACGGUCAACUGGGACGACGGGUCGGGCCUCAGCAUGAAGAUGCGGCCGGGGGCGACGGCCUUCUUGAGCGGCGAGCUGGCGUACGAGCUCCUCGACGACGAGCAAAAGGCCAUGGCCGACCACUCGUGGGUCGAGUACCAGCCGUACUGGUACGAGUGGACGUGGCCCUGCCGCCACGAGACCACCGGGCUCGGGCCCGUCAGCGAGGGGCGCGAACGCUCCGACGAGCACAUGCGGGCGUUGGGAGAACCGAGAGACGAAUGGGUCAAGCGUUAUCCCAUGGUGUGGAUCCACCCCGCGAGCGGCCGCAAGCUCCUGCAGAUCCACCUCCCGGCCGUGCGGAGGCUCUUUGUCAGGACCUCGGCGGCUGACGAAAAGCCCACCGUCGUCGACGACUUGGCCGCCGCCCGCGCCAUCUGCCGGCAGCUCUACGCCCCGUCGUUCCGGCCGGAGCACCUCUUCGCCGGCUUUGCCCAGGCCGAGGGUGACCUUGUCCUGUGGGACAACCGCGCGACGCUGCACACAAAGGUGGCGUACCCCGACCGCUACGGGGCGCGGGUGAUGCAUCAGGUCUACGUGAACUCGGGGACCCCACCCGUCGGAGCCGGUGGUGGUGCGGUUCCGGCAGAGGGCGUUGUUGGCUGA